CCGCGCCCACACUCAAAGACCGAAUAUAGAACCGCAGUUUCAACGCUAUUUUUUUUUCUCUUCUUCCUUUAUAAAUUUUUUUUCCAAAUGGUUAAGAACAAGGGAAAAGGUGGUAAAUCCAGAAGAAGAGGAAAGAACGACACUGAAAACGAUAAGCGUGAACUUGUAUUCAAAGAAGAAGGCCAAGAAUAUGCCCAAGUCGUUAAAAUGUUGGGUAACGGUCGUGUGGAAGCACAAUGCUUUGAUGGUGUGAAACGUUUAGCUCUCAUUCGAGGUAAAUUGAGAAAGAAGGUUUGGAUCAACCAAGGUGAUAUCGUGUUGUUGUCUCUUCGUGAUUUCCAAGACGAAAAGGCCGACGUCAUUCAACGUUAUAAUCCUGACGAAGCUAGACAGUUGAAGGCUUAUGGUGAAUUACCCGAUAAUGCCAAGAUUAACGAAACAGAUGCCAACUUUGGUGGCGAAGAAGACGAUGAAGUCGAAUUUGAUUUUGAUAUUGAUGAGAUUUAAAAUCAAAAAAAAGCGCAUAUAUUCAAGAAGGAAGAACCGGGCCAGUUCAGACCCACACACUUUUUUUUUGUAUUUAGAAUUUUGUUCAAAAAAAAAUAAAAUAUCAACAACACACACACAAACAUGUACAUGCACGCACACAAAAGGGGGGAAAUUCAUGCCUUGGGAG